AUGACCGAAACGCAGAUCAGCGAAAGAGGUCUGAAAUUGCUCUCCAUAGAUGGAGGCGGUAUACGCGGACUGUCUCCGUUAUUCAUUCUACAUAACCUGAUGUGGAGGAUCAAGAUGGCCAAGAACCUUGAAGACCUUCCACUUCCAUGCGAGUAUUUCGACUUGAUAGGUGGAACAAGCACCGGGGGGCUGACCGCCCUUAUGUUGGGACGUUUACGGAUGCCCGUUGGUGAGGCAAUCGAACGUUGGGGAGUGUUUUCUGAGAAGGUGUUUGGAGCGAACAAAGGAUCCUCAACGGCAUACAAUGACGGACGAAGAGCUGCGACUUUCGAGAGUAUGUUGAAAUCCCUCGUGCAGGACAAGACCGCCAAACGCAACGCCAAGACUUUGAUGAUAGACCAGGAGGGAGAGUCCAUGGUAUGUAGAACUUUUGUCUGUGCAAUGAACGCACACAACAUGAACGCCACAACCCCCGUCCUCUUCCGCACGUACAAGCAUCCCAAAGAAGUUCCAAAAAACUGCAUGAUUUGGCAGGCUGCCCGUGCUACGUGUGCCCUUCCCCUACUGUUCAAACCAAUCGAGAUUGGAUCAGGAUCUAUAAAACAGCCAUAUAUCGAUGGUGCCAUGGGUCGCAACAAUCCUGCGCAGAUUGUGCUGGAAGAGGCGAAGACGGUCUUUCAUGGUAGGGAGAUCGCAUGUUUGAUUAGUAUAGGGACAGGGCAUCCGCAAACGAUGGCGAUUCCUCCGCGUUCGAGGUUCCUGGAAUACGGUGUCAUGCAAACAAUGCAAAGGAUUGCUACGGACUGUCUGUACACAGCACAGCUACUCGAACAGCAAUACCGCGACACGCCAAAUGUCUACUUCAGGUUGAACGUUGAACAAGGUAUGCAAGAUAUCUCGUCGGGACAGUGGGAACGUCUUUCUGAGGUACAAGCUCAUACGGAGCAGUACCUGAAGGAUGAGCGUGUGGAUCAAACCGUAGAAAGGAUCAUUCAAAUUCUCCGUCAUGGCAGGCUGAAAACCAAAACACCAGUUCACGGCAUAGUUCCAGUUGCCAGAGUCUCAGCUACCGUCGCAUUGCGAGACAAGGAAACCAUAAUCAAGCGUUCCAGCAGGACACCCACACCAGUUCCCUCUUCGCGGCCGUCGACUCCGCUUGCUAUCAUGAACCGUCCAAAAGACCCUAUAUUUGACUACAUCAACAAAGAUUUUCAGCGCUGGACCAAGUGCAUCGAUUAUGACACUGCCGUUAUCACAGCACUCGCUUGUGCCGUGGACUAUCAUGUAGCCGUUGAAAAGCUCACAGAAAAGAUUAAUGCGGAGAAGAGCGUGCUGGAGAAGAAAGAGCUUCAAGCCUAUGAACAGCGCCGUCGGAGGCUCGAGCAUGAUUAUGACCUCCUCACGGAACGUUUUGAACAUCGUUGGCUUGACAUGUCCGACCACGAGAUAUCCUUGGAAUUCCUUCCACAAGACGCGUCUAUGCCAAACCAGGAACGGUCGCUGGAAAUUUCAUGGGAUCCUCCCGUAGAUGCACCGCUGGAGAUUAUCCUGGUCGUCAUUAUUAAUGGCAAUCGCAUUCCAAAUCUUACCCUACCCUCUGACCACAGUAAUAGAGCUAUCGUGCAGGUUCCGAAGUUCGACCUCCAUGCUAGCCUCAUCGUCACUGUAGAAGUAGCGGUGUGUUCCCAAACGCUUCACUCUGGGCAAGUAACGUUCCAGAGCCAAGGAAAUGUGGCAAAAGCAGAAUACAGAGAAUCGCCCCCCAGCACAACAAACCUUGACGCAUAUACCGAUUUCUCCUUCACCGAGCAUCCCCCGGAUACGAAGCCAGGUGGUAUGGGGAGAAACUCUGCAGUCUUGUUAUUAGGCGCCUUCCGAUAUUGGCCGUUUAGCUAUGUCGAUAACAGAAUGGCGACGGUGCUCAUUGCGCAGGAUCAGAAUGGGACCGUAGCAAAGCUGUGGCACGAUCUAAAACCUGCACGAUACGUUGACCGAAUUGAUAUCGAUGGAGAUAAGGUCACAUUCACAGGACAGUCAAAUUAUACUGUCAAACUACGCCUUCAAGAUCUUCUCAUCCCUCUUUCACCACCCAUAUAUCGGACCAGGAUCACAACCAGAGACGCUCGUAUACAGCCUCCGCUGUUAGAUGAUCUUUGCUAUUCUUCUACCAGCCUGGAGCGAUAUCCGGUACUUGUCAUCGGGACAUACACCUUUUGGCCGGUGACAUCUGUUCCUUCUCAUGAGAAGGUAACGAUUCUCAUCUUCAACUCGCAAAAGGAACAUAUUAGGGAAUGCAUUUGGGCGACAGAACGCAACAUUAGUGUCAUCUCCCGUCUUGAUAUCGAGAAAGCCUCCUUGAAGGUUUAUGACACGGAGGACUUAUCGGCCAGUAUCCCCUUGCAAGAUCUCAAGAGCUAUCUUUCCGAUCCUCGGCUACGCUAG